AUGGGGAAACUCAUCCCAAAUGCCUUUAACCUGGCGGUUGUGAUCUUCGUCGCGCUGGGUUCGACGGCAUGUUCUUAUGGAAUGGCCAUUAUCGGCUCCACCAUAGGACAACCCAGCUUCUACAAAUCUCUCCACCUCGCUCCACAGGGAGAGCCCGGCUACAGUCGCACUACUCAAUAUAUUGGUGCUUUUAACGGUGUCAACUCUGCGGGAUCCGCCAUCGGGGCAGCAGCCUGUGCCUAUUGUGCCGAUAAAUGGAGCCGUAAACACACUAUUCAAGUAGCAGCAAUGAUCCUCGUUGUCGGAGCGACUAUUUGCGCAGCCUCGGUGGACAAUGCUAUGUUCAUGGUCGGUCGUGUCGUCAAUGGCUUGGGUAUCGGUGCUUUGGUGACGGCUAUUCCCAUGUACCAGGCCGAGGUGUCAACACCAGAAAGUCGAGGCUUCAUGGUGUCAAUGCAUGGAGUUAUGUUCGCAAUGGGCUACACCCUUUCCGCCUUCAUCGGAUUUGGAGUUUACUUCAUUUCAGCAAGCGGAUCGAACUCCUCAUUCCCUUGGCGGUUUCCUAUUGCCUUCCAGAUGGUCCCAGCUCUCCUCCUGCUUGCGGGCUCUCCCUGGCUCCCAUACAGUCCCCGUUGGCUCAUGAUGCACGGGCGCUACGACGAAGCCCAUGAAGUGAUCAAGCGUCUCCACAGGUCAAAGGAUGACCCGCAUGACUCUCUUGCCCGCAAAGAGUACUAUCAGAUGAGGAAGCAAGUUGAGUUGGACCAAUCAAUCAAAGCCACCACUUCGAAAUGGGAAGUGUUCAAGACAAAGCCAAAUCGCAGACGCGCUCUUGUGGGCUUCUUUCUCAUGUGGAACAAUCAAUUCACGGGUGUCUUGAUUAUCGCAAACUACGGAGUUAUCCUUUACACCAGCCUCGGGAUGACGGGCUUUUGGCCGCUGCUGCUCAGUGCCUUAUGGGUCUUGUCCACAUUCCCUGGGAAUAUCUUCUGUGCUUUCUUCGUCGAAAAAUUCGGCCGACGGAGGUUCAUGCUCAUCGGACUGAGUGGUAUUCUCGUCAGUUUGAUCUGCGAAAUUGCCAUCCAAGCAACCUACUUAGGCACCACCAACACUGUGGCUUUGGAUUUCGGAAUCUUCUUCAUAUUCUUGUUCAUCACACCUUUUUGGUCGACUUUCAUGGAUGCCAGCCAAUUUCUCUAUGUAUCUGAAAUAUUCCCAACACAUAUCCGCAGCCAGGGCAUGGCUGUCGCUAUGUGCGGCCUCUAUCUUUCCGAUAUCAUCCUGCUCGUUGCCGGCCCGAUCGCUCUGAACAACAUUGGCUGGAAAUUCUUCCUGGUUUUGAUCAUCCCUACCGCUCUCCACAUUUUCUUCGUCUACUUUAUGUGCCCUGAGACCAAGGGCCGAAGCUUGGAAGAUAUCAAUGUCCAAUUUGGCGAGCAAGUUGCUAUCCACUACUAUGGCGCCACCGAUGCCGAGAAGGAAGAGAUGGAGAAAGCGGCACAGCAAGACGAAGAAGAUGAGCUUCGCAAGCGCGGCCCUAGCACUGAGAAAGCCAGUGGUAUGCACGAGGAGGAGCUUGUGACACCCAAGGUUUAA